CAGAGGCGCCGCCACCGUCGCCGCCGUUCCCGAAACUGUCGCUGCUGCCGUCGCCGCGUAGAGCAGGAGCAGGAGCCACGGCCGAGAGGAGGGAGGAGGAGGAGGAGGAGGUGGAGGAGGCGCCGGACCCGGGAGGGGGGGAUAGAGUCCCAGAAGUGGGAUAACUGGAUCAGAGGGUGAUUACCCUGUGUAUAAGAGUGUGUGUCUCACUGAACCUUCAAUGGCAUUGAGUAGAGAUCGGGGGAAGUCUCACUUUGUUGCCUAGGCUGGACUCAAACUCCUGGCCUCAAGCCAUCCUCCCACCUUGGCCUCUCACAGUGCUGGAAUUAUAGGCAUGAGCCUAGAUUAUCAGUAUUUAAACAGACCACAUCAUGCGUGAAUACAAGCUAGUGGUUCUUGGUUCAGGAGGCGUUGGGAAGUCUGCUCUGACAGUUCAGUUUGUUCAGGGAAUUUUUGUUGAAAAAUAUGACCCAACGAUAGAAGAUUCCUACAGAAAGCAAGUUGAAGUAGAUUGCCAACAGUGUAUGCUUGAAAUCCUGGAUACAGCAGGGACAGAGCAAUUUACAGCAAUGAGAGAUUUGUAUAUGAAGAACGGCCAAGGGUUCGCACUAGUAUAUUCUAUCACAGCUCAGUCCACAUUUAACGACUUACAGGACCUGAGAGAACAGAUUUUACGGGUUAAGGACACAGAAGAUGUUCCAAUGAUUUUGGUUGGCAAUAAAUGUGACCUGGAAGAUGAGCGAGUAGUUGGCAAAGAACAGGGCCAGAAUUUAGCAAGACAGUGGUGUAACUGUGCCUUUUUAGAAUCUUCUGCAAAGUCAAAGAUCAACGUUAAUGAGAUAUUUUAUGACCUGGUCAGACAGAUAAAUAGAAAAACACCAGUGGAAAAGAAGAAGCCUAAAAAGAAAUCAUGUCUGCUGCUCUAGGGCCGUAGUCAGCAGCAGCUCUGAGCCAGAUUACAGAAAUGAAGAACUGUUGCCUAAUUAGAACGUGCCAGCAUUCCAGUCUUCAAAAAAUAAAUCCGAAGAGGCUUCUCCUGUUUUAUAUAUUAUGUGAAGAAUUUAGAUCUUAUAUUGGUUUGCACAAGUUCCCUGGAGAAAAAAAAUUGCUCUGUGUAUAUCACUUGGAAAAUAAGACAAUAGUAUUUCUCCUUUGCAAUAGCAGUUAUAACAGAUGUGAAAAUAAAUAUACUUGACUCUAAUAUGAUUAUACAAAAGAGCAUGAAUGCAUUUCAAAUGUUAGAUAUUGCUACUAUAAUCAAAUGAUUUCAUAUUGACCUUUUUACCAUGAUUCCUCCCUGUCAAGCACUAAAAAGUUGAACCAUUAUACUUUAUAUCUGUAAUGAUAUAGAUUAUAAAAUUUCCCCUCAAACUCAUUGCAGCAGAUAACUUUUUGAGUCAUUGACUUCAUUUUAUAUUUAAAAAUUAUGAAAUAUCUCCUGUCAUUAUAUUCUAAUUACAAUUGUGCAUAAUGCUUUGGAAAAAUGGGUCUUUUAUAGGAAAAAACUGGGAUAACUGAUUUCUAUGGCUUUCAAAGCUAAAAUAUAUAAUAUACUAAACCAACUCUAAUAUUGCUUCUUGUGUUUACUGUCAGAUUAAAUUACAGCUUUUAUGGAUGAUUAAAUUUUAGUACAUUUUCA